AACCCGCUAUUAAUUAUCCCCCGGUUUCGCAUUGUGAGAGUAGAUUUUUGGUUCCCUCUCGCUUACAUCUCUCUUUCUGGAAUCUUCUCUCGUCGAAUUCACGCAGCGAGAUCCAUCUACUGGAGCUAAUCACCGGCAGCCAUGGAGGACGAUUUCGAGUUUGCUGAUCAUUCUCCUCCGUCGUUCCAGAACAUGAGGAAUGUGGUCGACGAUGUGGAGGCAAAAGGAUUCAAUCCAGGAUUGAUAGUCCUGCUGGUUGUUGGCGGCCUAGUUCUGACGUUCCUAAUUGGAAAUUAUGUUCUCUACUUGUAUGCUCAGAAGACACUUCCUCCCAAAAAGAAAAAGCCAGUCUCAAAGAAGAAGAUGAAGAGGGAAAGACUGAAGCAAGGGAUCUCUGCACCAGGAGAGUGAAAUUUGAGAUGGGUUCCUAUUCAUUACCUCUGUUAAAACUCGUGUUCGAAGUUUUCCCAUCUUUGGUGUUAAGAGAGCCAUGUUAUUUCAGUUUUUAGCUUCCAUACUUACAAAUUUUAACUUCGAAGUUAUCAUCUGACUUGUAUUUUGGGUUUUGUCUUCAAUUUUAGCUUGUCUUGCUUCUUUCA